UGGGGAGUACACAGCCACCAAUUAGGUCGCAUUUCCUUUUCAGUCUGACUCAGUACAGUCUGGAUUUGCGUGCAACGUUCAACGUUGUCCGAGCUUGAAAACCAACGACUUCGGAAACCAUGUAUCAAAAUGAUGAAACUGAUGAUGAACAAGCCUCUUUUAUAAUACCGCAGACUAUGAAACCCUCUCCGGAUACAUUAACGAAACUUGUGAAGCGUCUCAAGGCACUAGCAACGAAGCUGCUUCCAGUGGAAGUUGAUGUGAUGAGCAUCAAUGAUCCCACAAGCAGGAUUAUCACUCCCAAUGUCAUAUCUGCAUUCUCGGACGCGGCGGGUGAUUUUGUUGAAGCGCUCCCAUAUUGUUUGCUUCGUGCUCACGCUGAGUUCGUGCGAGAGGCAUAUCUCAACCCCGCAGAUUUUGGCGAAAACCGAGGAAGGGCUGUGGCAUGUGAAGUGCUGGCUCGUCGCAUUAUUCAUCAAAGCCCAUCUGAGAAAAUUAAAUCUCUCAUGUCUACUCGGCAUAGGCAUCGUGAGCCUGAUGGUGAUAUCAGCGAGGCCUCGAGUGCUCUCGAAAUUGCCAUUGACACUCAUUGCACAAUAUUUUUGUCUUCUACCGAAGCACAGGAUGUUGUCAGGGCUUUGUGGGACGGAGAACUUGUCCAGACGCUAACAGAUCAGGAUGAUAUUCAGUAUGUAUCCUACCACGAAUCGCGGCAAACUGGGUUUCGGGGUCACAUGGAUCCUUCACGCAUUUCCGUUCCCCGGUAUCAGAACUUCCUCCGCAUCGUGAUUUGGUUUUUCUUUCUUGCUGUGUACUCUCAAGCCGUCCGUGAACCGCUGGAGCGACUUGACCCCAACCAUACAGUAGUUGAUAUCUGGGAAAUUGUACUCUAUGUCAUGGCGCUGGCAUUCUCGCUUGAAGACAUACUCAGGUUUUACAAGCUGUUCAAAUAUGCAACCUACCGCGCCUUUGGAUUUUGGAAUGCCGUCGCCUUUAUAACGGAUUCCAUAUUGCUGGCUGCAUUUUUGCUUCGCAUUGCUGGUCUUUGUGCCACUGGAAAUAACUCCAACACUCUACGCUUAAGGAGCUUUCAAGUCUUGAGUUUCGUUGCCCCAUUCAUAUGGAUCAAGCUCAUUACAAUCUUUGAUGGUUACCAGUAUGUUGGAACGAUGCAAAUAUGCGUGGCUCGCAUGCUACAAGAGUCGGGCAUCUUCUUCGCGCUGUUGUCGGUGCUCGGGAUUGGAUUCCUGCAGGGUCUAUAUGCUCUAGAUGCUGCCGACGGUUUAAGUGAAGAUCCAUCAAUUAUCGUCAAUGUCCUUGUUCAAGGCUUACUUCAGUCUCCCAACUACGACAGGUUCUCGGGCAGCCCCGUUGGACUUACGUUAUACUAUCUCUGGAAUGUUACAACAGCGAUUAUCCUACUCAAUGUCCUCAUCUCUUUGUUCUCUUCAGCCUAUGCUGAUGUCGUCAGUGACGCUGAAGCAGAGUAUAUGACAUUCUAUGCAGGAAAAACUGUUGCCAUGAUCCGCGCUCCUGAUUCGUAUAUCUAUCCCGCGCCAUUCAACCUAGUAGAGAUUUUCUUGGUAGCGCCUUUUGAAAUGUUUGGCCUGCAGCCCCGGCCAUAUGCGAAACUCAAUCGGGACAUUAUGGGCAUAAUUUUCUUUGUUCCGUUAACUUUCAUUGCGCUCUUUGAGACAUCAAAUAUGACUAAGUCGUGGAUGGUCAACUCAGAUGAUGAAGUGGACACCGAAAACCCUGUUGUUCUGGAUCCCGUAGUCGAGGGGCCAGACGCAGACCAAGGCUCGGAGAUCAGUAAGAUCCCCUUUGAUGAGCUUGUCAAGAGGUUCCCCAAUACGGAACAAUCGAUGGAAGCUUCGAUUAUUAAGGAGAUUAAAGAAAUCCGGGCAAGGUUGGAAGUGUUGACGACGAAAGUGGACCGCUUGCACACCUAGACUUUACAUCAGUACUCCAUUCGCCUUCGGACGUGGAUAAUACAGGUGGAUGAUCUAUGAUGGACUAGAGUUCUUCUUCUUUUGUCGGUGGAAAUACUGAAUGUUGUACGUAUCAGUUUCUUACUGUAAAAAUUGCGGUGUAACGCGGAUCCGUGCGAAGAUCAUCAAUCAA